AUGGAAGGCGCCACGGACUACGCAGCUAAUCUGUUUUCUGAUCCCGAUUUGGGGCAAAACGACAGUCUCUCGUUCAACACGACGGCUGCUAACACCAGCUCUGUUUACACGGCUAUUAUAUCCCCGGUGAUGGACAAAACCAUCAACAUACUUUUGAUAAUCGCCGUAUUCAUCACCAUGGUUUCACUGGGAUGCACCAUGGAGGUGUCCAAGAUCAAGCGCCACAUAGUGAAGCCUAAGGGGGUGGCGAUAGCAGUGCUGGCCCAGUAUGGUGUCAUGCCUCUCACAGCCUUUUGCUUAGCUAAGGUGUUCCAGCUGGCCGAAAUGACGGCUGUGGUGGUCCUGAUCUGUGGCUGCUGUCCCGGGGGAAGUCUCUCCAACCUCCUGGCUCUGGCCCUGCAGGGGGACAUGAACCUCAGUAUUGUGAUGACUUCCUGCUCCACGGUGCUGGCUUUGGGCAUGAUGCCCCUGCUGCUCUACCUCUACUGCCAGGGUUUCAGUAACCUGCAGAAUGCCGUGCCCUACGUCGACAUCAUCAUAUCGCUCAUCAUGAUCAUCAUACCCUGCGGAGUCGGCGUCCUCAUCAACUGCUACAGGCCGCAGUUCGCCAAGACCAUCACAAAGGUCGGCCUCACUAUGAUGAUGCUCGCUGUUGUGGCGAUCGGCGUCAUUGCCAGCAUUGCGAUCGGGGGCUCCAUCCUGACGGUGCUGUCUCCCCCUCUGAUGGCCAUCGGGGCCCUCAUGCCUUUCAUAGGCUACACCUUAGGAUACAUCGUCUCCUCACUCUUCAGACUCAACCAGUCGGAGCGGAGGACCGUUGCCAUGGAAACAGGCUGUCAGAACAUCCAGCUGUGCUCCACCAUCGUGAAGAUGGCCUUCCCCCCCGAGGUGGUCGGCCCUCUGUUUCUGUUCCCCAUGGUCUACCUGUCCUUCCAGCUGGCGGAGGCGGCCGUGCUCAUCGUGCUGUUCAGGUGUCACCGGCGGCUCACGCCAAAAGGGAAAGAGACAUACCAGCCGGCAACCACCGAAGACAACUUGAAAGAGCCCUCCGAGGCGACGGUAUGACGAUGUAUGGACCCCGGACAUCUCCUGAAUUUUUUUUUCCCCCCAGUAACGUGGAGUCUUGAUGACCAAAGCCUGAUGGGAGACCGGA